AUGAGUCAGCCACCAGACCCCCAGGAGGAACACUCAGUAAUUGACUACCGCCCUUCAGCUCGCCCAGGGGAACCCGAAUUAGAUGACGAAGCCCUUCCGUUGUAUUACCGAAUUGUCCUCUACCACGGCGUGCUUGGUACGGGUAGGCCUCAAGUGCAAGAGCUAAUUUCCCUAAAAACCGGUGGUGUCGUUGCAAGCUGCGGCCUCUUUGAGCAGCACAAAAUAUUGAAGACAGCAAAGAAUAUUUCGGAGAACAAGGAUCACCCAUGGGAAUGGAAUGGCUACAACAUUGGCAAAUUCCUCGCCUCGGGGCUGACGCAACCCAAAGAUCUUGAACUGGUUGUCGGGCUUACGGAGGAAGAAAUCAAAGGAAUCAAAAAUGGUGAAAAUCAUUUCCCUCCCCAUCAUCCCGCGCGAACGAGGGACAGCAAUGCCUAUCGAGGUGCGGCGGAAAGAUUGCUGGAAAACCGUGCCUGUUUCAAAGAACGAGUGGAGGUAGAAGAACGAAUCCGGCAGGCCGGACAAGCCAUGCAAGCCCCGCCAAGUCAAGCAACGUAUCACAGCCCAGCAUGCCAAGCAUACCUAGUGGGCCAAGCAAGCUUAGCAAUCGGAACAAGCAAAGGGCCAGGAAAAUAA